AUGCGAUUUGUUGGAAUUCGCGAUCCAAAGUGGCCAAAAAGCAAAAAGAAGAUGACUGAGCCUGAGCAUGUACCAGACUCUGAAGCGAAGGAAAAUUCUGUUCCCCCUGUGACGAUGGGAGAAUACUGUGAGCAGCUUCGCAAAUGGGUAAGUGUUAAUAAGCUGAUGAACGAAAUGAAUUGUUGGCAAGCUUUUCAUCAGUACAACUCAAUGAUGAUGGCAUAUCAGAGUCAUAUGCGAACAUGGCAGUCUCUGGAUAAUCCCAUGGACGAUGGACUUCGCCAAAGACGUUUUCAAUCCGUAGAGGGUUGA